AUGAAUUAUAAUGAGAAGGUAACACAAGGAUUCGCAUCAGUGCUGUGCACGGAUAAACUGAUAUUCCUCGGACUCCUCGGACCUAACUCAAGGGUCUCGAUUUUUAAGUUUCAAGAUGGUUCCUUUGAUAUAAAAUUCGUUGGAUUCUUAUCGCCCCUGAUAGGCACUGUAACGAAGAUGUUUUUUACCAAAGAUGGUUCUAAACUCAUUUGUAAAACUAAUUGCGGGUAUAUAUAUGUAUGGGACAUAAGCCAUGAAACUAUAAAUACUUUGGAAUCUCUCACAAAUAACCCACUUUAUAUUGAUGGAUAUAUACCGAUUGAGUCAAGAGUUACACCUGUAGCGAUUAUCGAACCUAAUAACUCAGCAGACUGUGCUGAUGUUGACCUUUUAUACAACGAUACACUUAUAGUGGUUGAAAAGUGGCCAGAAUUAAAUAUAAAUCUGUAUGAUUACAGUAAGGGGAACAAAUUAACGACAUUUUCUUCACUCUUGGGAGAUAAUUUUGACAAAAAAAAGUACGUUAGGAGCCUGAAGGCUGAUAGUCAAAUGGCAACGUUGGAUGGAGUUAAAGGGCAAUGGGUAUCAGUUGGGACUGAAUCAGGUACAUUACAUUUGUGUUUUAUACCAGAAUUUGAUAAACCAAUGGAAGAAACUGAUAAAAGUGAUUUUUUCAAAGAGCUUGACGAGAAUCUUAAAACAUACUCUUUUAACCUAAUGGAAAACGUUGAUAUAAACACAUUAGGCUGGAGAUUUAGAAAUAAAACUUCAGUAAACCUAACAGUUUUGUGUGGAUGUUCAGAUGGAACUGUUAGAUGUUGUAUUAUAAACUCUGAGACUUCUCAUCUAAAGUUAUCUAAAAACGUUUCCUACUCGUAUUCUAAAGCUUCCAUUUCAGGAACUGUGAAUAGAAUAAUAUGUGUUAGAGAUAACAAGAACGGAACGCCCUUUGUUAUUGGCUCUUGUAACAUUAUAGGAGAGAUUGGAAACUUUGAAUUUGGAGAUUUAGCAACAAAUUGCGUUUUUGAGGGUAUUUACCAGAGACUCACACAGGAGUUCUCAGACGAUAUCGUAUCAUUUGCAAAAGUUCAGGACUUCAUUACAGAUUUGUGCAUCUCACCACAAAAUAACUUCGUAAUCUUGGUUUCCUCGAACGAAAACGUGUAUCUUUGUAAUGAAAAUACACAGGUUGAGGAGAGAGGAGUUGGAAGGAAUAACAGUUUGGCGGUCCUCAGAAGGCUAAGGAUUUAUGGCUCCAGGUACAAGAUAGAGAAGAUUCAGAAGUUAUGCGAAAAUUUCGAAAAGGCAUGUUGGAGGAGUGUUCGAGUAGCAGAAGAAAGCGCAUAUAUUCGUAAAUACCAUUUCCUCAAACAUUGUAUGAACGUGAUCAAGUUAUAUAGACAAAAUAAACUAUACACACCUUCUGCCUAUGAGUUUGACCCAACUCGAUUCAAACUAUCGCAAUAUAUUUUGGAUAAAUAUGAUUUGGACAAUGCCAAAGAUUGUUUAGAUACGGCAAAUCACUUGCUUAGCCAGGUUACUAAUGUCGAUAACUUAAAUGAUUCUACACCUAACAUUACAAAGGAAAUUAAAGAAAAUGGUGAAUUAAACAGACACUUGGAUGUAAAGUCAUUAAUUAGAGGAAUGGAUAAUCAAACUUUAAACCAUGAUAUAGAAAAGCUAAAGAAUAUAAUUUCAAAAUUAGAGGAAAAGGUCCAACUAAUUGAUGUGCAUGGUAAGGACCCGCACGUUGUCGGCUACUCAAAAUCGCAAUUAGAAUCAAUGAUUAAACUUUAA